UUUUCAAAAGCACAGACCGUCAGGGUUAUGUUGCCGCCUAAAAGCAGGUGCGAUCACACUUGUUUGUGUCAUUUGCACCCGGUGUCCUGGUCCACUGCAGAAUGGCUGCAGAGAUUCAGUGAAGAGUUGAAGUGGAUCGAGCCUUUGGGCCAUCCAUCUUGGAACGUCAGAGCUCCCUUUGGGUUGACCGUCCCUUGUAGACUGUUCCCGCUGGACAUUUGUAAUGGUCACAAGGCAUCCCAGUGCUCCUGCCACUUGUUUCCUAGUCAACUACUUUUGGGUUUGCAAGAUCCCCACAUUGCCUCCGUUCAUGGCCCAGAGCUUUGCUAUACCACAAGCAACAUCAUUUUGUACCAUUACAACCGCACGGGGAGGAUGAACAACCGGAGACCCCAGGAGGACAAAAUGAGCGCUCUCAAGAUGGUCAUCAUCGCUGCCAGCUGUCUCAUCAUCCUGGAGAAUCUCCUGGUGCUGCUGGCCAUCGGCCGAAAAGUGAGAGCCCGCCGGUGGGUCUACUCUUGCUUGGCCAGCAUUACCCUCAGCGACCUGCUGGCUGGCAUCGCCUACUUGGUCAACCUCUGCUUGUCCGGGAGCCGGACUUUCCAGUUGACUCCCACCAUGUGGUUCCUCCGGGAGGGGAUUCUUUUCGUUGCCCUAGCUGCCUCCACUUUCAGUCUGUUGGUGACAGCCGUUGAACGCUACAGUGCCAUGGUGAGGCCCAUCGCGGAGAACGAGGCCAGCAAAACCGUCCGCUUGCGGAGCCUCAUCAUCUUCUGUUGGGCCUUGGCCAUCCUGAUUGGACUGCUCCCCUUGCUGGGUUGGAACUGUCUUUGCCACGUGAGCGGCUGCUCCACCCUGCUGCCUCUUUAUGCCAAGGACUACAUCCUCUUCACCGUAGUGAUCUUCAGCGUGGUCUUGGUGGGCGUCGUGGGGCUGUAUGCUUCCAUCUACUGCUGGGUCCACAGAAGCGCCCAGCAGGCAGUCUCAAGGUCCGGCCGCAAGAGGUCAUUGCGGUUGCUGAAGACCGUCUCGCUCAUCCUCUUUGCCUUCUUCGUCUGUUGGAUACCUCUCUUCGUCCUCCUGGUGAUCGACUACGCUUGGGCCAACGAGACGUGGCAGCUCCACAAAAUCUUUGGCUGGAUCUUGACGCUGGCGGUGACCAACUCCUUCAUCAAUCCCAUCAUCUACUCUUUAGGGAGCAAAGAGGUGAGGACAGCUGUUGCCGAGCUGGUUUGCUGUUGUUGCAUCAAGGCUGGGUGGCGUUGUUGGGUCGCCCCCGAUAUCCUCACGAACUCUUCCACGGCCACGGAGAGUUCGCUGAAGCUGCGGGAGAGCUUCCGUGGCCCGAUGGCCCAUGCCAGAAGAAGCCGAGAACCCCUUUCCAGUAAUUCCAGCAUGAUGAGCACUAUGGUGGCCGAUGAUGCUUCCGGACUCUUCUAGAAUCUUGACUUUUCUCCAACCCAAUGAAUCAUAGAAUUUAUAGAUGAAGAACCAAAUUCAGAGGUGAAUCAUAGAAUUAGUUUUUUUGUGGGUUUUUCAGGCUAUGUGGGCAUGUUCUAGAAGAGUUCAUUCCUGACUUUUUGCCUGCAUCUGUGGCUGGCAUCUUCAGAGAAUUCAUAGACUUUUCUCCACCCCAAAGGGCCACGCUAUGGAUUACAGUCUUGAUUCUUCUGCAUCGACCGUGUUACGUUCUGCACAAACUCUUGACUUCUCUGUGCCAUGUUCUGGACUAGGAUAUUAAGCAUCCUGAGAGGCAGCGUGGUUUAGUGGUUUGAGAUUUGGACUACAAGUCUGGAGACCAGGGUUUGAAUCCUAGUUCGGCCAUAUAGACCCACUUGGGUGACCUUAGGCAAGUCACACUCUCUUAGACUUGGAGGAUGGCAAUGGCAAACCCCCUCUGAAGAAAUUCGCCAAGAAAACUCCAUGGUAGGGUCUCCAUAAGUUGGAGGCACACAGCAACAACAGCAACAAAUGCUGAAGGGUGCGUUGUCGACUGGGAGGGCCACCAUGGCAUAGUGGUCUGAGCAUUGGACUAUGAUUCUGGAGACCAGGGUUCAAAUCAUGCUCCUCCUUGAAAUCGUGACUCCUCUCCAGAAUUGUGAAGCAGAAACUGAUCACUUCCCUGUCUUCUCCUCGACUAUAAUCUCUAUUCUUCAUCACUCUCAUCUAAAACUUUGAUACCCUGCAUUGUCCUACAGGUUUUCACUUUUCAGUAUCAUGCCAUGGACUAGAAGAAAUGCCACUCUUCAAUACCUUAAAUUUCAUCUCCUGGAGUAUCCACAUGCCCAAGAUGAUGGGCCUGCCUGCUUGAAUAUCCCUCCGACAACACCUGAACUGAGAACAACUACUGUAUAUACUCAUGUAUAAGUCUCUAAAUUUAGGUUAAAAGACUGACCCCCAAAACCUGACUCGACUUAUCCAUGGGUCGGUGUAAGGGCUGUAUCUUAACUCUUAUUUAAAACAAGGAACCACUUCCUGAUGGAAGGCAAGAGUAUAAUCUGUCCUGGAAGCAACGACCCUCUUUACUCUCUCAUCCAUCCAGCCUUAAAAGUAGGCACAAAGACUUAUGUCUGCUGGGAUUUUCUAAGUUCUUUGGCAUCGUUUUCCUUUGCUUCCUCCUUUGCUACAUGAACUUAAGUUUUGCCCUCAUAACAAAAUCCAUAAUUUUGGCCCCAAAAUUUGCUCUCGACUUAUACAUGAGGUCGACUUAUAGUCGGUUAUAUAGGGUACAUCUUAACAAAAUG